AUGGUGGAGCAGCAAGUGAGGAAGCUGUGGGAAGGACAUCCAGAGCUGAAGGGGGAAGAAAUGGGAAAAGAAGCCGUGAGAGGACCCGAGGCGGAUGUGAGGAGCAUACCAGCAGAGGCGGCGUGUAACCAGGGGCAAGGUGACCUAUGGGUCGCUCGAUGGGAAGGUCCGGUGAGGGACCCGGCCAAGAAGCAGGAAGAAGCAGCGAGGGAGAGCAAGGAAGAGGGGGCGUGGGAGUGCCUGACAAUAGGAGAAGGACUGGAGCAUACAGUGGGAGAUGCAAUGAGUAAGAAAGAACAAAAGGCCGUGAAGACAGUAAAGGGGAUUAAGGGAGAGACAUGGGAAGAUGAGUCGAUGGAGCCAGCAACACAGGUGCUGACAGAACCAGCGGGAAUGAGAGAGUUGUUUCUGGGCGAGCUAUCGCUGCUGGAGAUGCACAAGCUGGCGGAGCGACUCAUCGGCCACUUCUCCUUCAAGCUGCUGCUGCUGCUCUCGCUAGUGGACGUGCUAGUGGUGCAGCCCGUGUGGCUGCUGUGGUUCGCUGCUGUCACCGCCAUCAAGAUGUUCGGGGUGGUGGGCAAGGAGCGGUCGCAGCGCCUCAGUGCAUCGCCGUCCGCGCAGCCCUCGUCGCACCUGCGCACGCUCGCGCUGCUGCUGCUCGUGCUGCUAGCAAACCUGCUGCUGGCCGUGUGUCUGCUCCCCUUCUUCGCCCCAGCCUCCCCCGCCUCCUCCCCAUCCGCAUCGCGCAAUGUCAUGUCCCCGUGGCCGCGCCUCUCCGUGGGGCUGCUAUUCGCCUAUGAGCCGCUUGUCAUCGCCAUCGAUACCACGCAGACGUUGCUGCACUACUGCGUGCACCUCCUCGAGGCCCAUUCUGACCUCCUCGCUGCGCACCUGCCGCCCGCCCUGCCGCUCACCUCCCUCCUGGCCUCCUGUGAGUGGGCGGAGCUGCGCUCCUGGCUGCUCUUCAACGUCUCGUUUACAGCAGACGCCUCCUCCACGCUGCUCACCCUCGCGCACUGCACGCUCGUGCUGCUCAUCCGCGGCUUCUCCUUCUCAGUCAUCGACCUCGUGCUCGUCUUCAACAUACGCACGCUCCUCGCCGCCCUCUCCAAGCGCGUGGCCGGCUUCCUUCGUUGGCAUGCCGCCCUGCGCCUCCUCCGCUCCACCUUCCCGGACGCCUCUCCGGCUCAGAUUACCGCAUUUGCGGACGACUGUGCCAUUUGCCGGGAACCUUUAUCAUCGGCCAAGCGCCUCCCCUGCGGGCACCUGUUUCACCUCUCGUGCCUGCGUAGCUGGUUAGAGCAUGGGUCUCAAGCGCCCUACUCCUGCCCCACCUGCCGCCGCCCGCUUGACAGCCUCCCCCCCAACGUGCUCUCGUCCCUCUCCCCUCCACCCCAGCCCCCCCCCGCUGCUGCUGCUGGGGUUGCUGCAAAUCAGCCUGCUCAGGAUGCUGCUUGGGGUGGUGGGGGAAUGCGGUUCAGAGGAGGGGGGAGUGGGAGGGCAAGGCAUGCGGGGGAAGAGGGGGCAGGGAAUGGAGCAGAACGGCGGACAGGGGGAGGGGGAGCAGGAGGGGAAGCUGGGGUGCCUGUGCAACCAAGAGAGGGGGCAACGGCAGGAGGAGGGAGAGAAGCAGGGGAAGAAGGAAGGCGGGGAGUGGCGGGAGGAGGAGGAGGGGAGGAGGUGAGGGGCAGGCGGAGAGGGUGGGGCCUGUGGGGAGGGGGAGGGGAAGGCGCACGGGGGGGAGGGGGAGAAGGUGCGCGGGGGGGAGGGGGCGGGUGGGGGAUGGGGAUGCGGAUGGGGGUGGAUGAGGAGAGAAUGGCAGCGAUGGUGGCUCAGGUGGAGGAGGUGUUACCGCAUGUGCCCUCACAUGCCAUCCGCCAGGAAUUGUUGAGAAGGCCAAACGUGUUGCUGGCAGUCAAUGCGCUCAUGGACGCAUGGUGA